CUACCUUCCAAAUCUGGGUAAGGCUGACGCGGCAGCCUGAGGUGGCUCUAUCUCGAGCUUAUCCGGAGCUGAGGCAAGCUUGCGAUCCGAAUUAGAUCGACGAAACAGGAAGGGAAAUGGCCGUCAUAUUGCCAUGAUUAUCGUGCUCUAUAACCCUUCACUUCUACUAUAAUCACCACACCGAGGCUGCGCUGUCGAAGCUCCGGAGUGGGCUGCGUGGCUAUCCGCUGCAUACAAGAUGUACCAUCUGGCCAAAUCACUGUACAUGUACGCGACUAGCAAAGAGGAAUACUCCGUCCUUCUCCUCGGCCUAGAUAACGCCGGCAAGACAACGCUCCUCUCCCAGAUCAAAGCCCUCUUUCAGCCCCGAGCAGAUGGCACGCCUGCGCCUAAUCCCGGCAAGACGGUGCCCACCGUAGGGCAAAAUGUCAGCACGAUAUCGCUGCCGGAUAUGUACGUGAAGAUCUGGGAUGUCGGCGGCCAAAUAUCCAUGCGCAACCUGUGGCAGAGCUACUACUCGAGCUGUCACGCGAUCAUUUUCGUGGUGGAUAGCACAGACGUUGGACAAAACCCUGAUAUUACGCGCCUUCCUUCCUCCUCGGCAGCAACGAAUAGCUCCCGGAAACCGUCGACUGCAGGACCUGGGUCGACGGAAGAGGAAACAAACGGUGACGCCGACGGAGACGAUGAAAAUGACAGCGCAGCUGCCUUCACCGAACAACUUGCCGGCAUCAACGCCCCCGGAAGCGACUUUGGUCGGCUUGAUGAGUGUCGCCAAGUUCUUGAAUCCGUGCUUCGAAAUGCCGAUGUUGCGGGUGUGCCUAUUCUCGUGCUUGCAAAUAAACAGGACCGAGAAGACUCGGUCGAGGUUGUUCGGAUAAAGGAAGGUUUCGUGAGAAAGGUAUUUGAAGGAGAGACAGGCGGUGUUGUGCGCGAUAGCCGUGUUUUGCCAAUCAGUGCGCUGAUGGGUUCCGGGGUACAAGAGGCUGUUGAAUGGGUUCAGAGCCGCGUAAAGUGGAAUAAGGAGGGACGGCCGCCUGUCAUGAGGUGAAAUACCUAGCUAUGCUGUUGAUUUACGCUUUGGUGGCAUUCUUUUUUGACUUAAAAUACCUUGUUUGGCGCCUGGGGUUGGGUUUUUGCUUGUUUGUCCUGUUACGAAGAUACCUAGAUCGUUGUCCCUAUUCUUCAUUUCUUUCAAUAAUUAAGUAUGUAUAGUAUAACUAAUCCUCACCAAUACAAUAUAUAUGGUCUAGAC